UUCAAGCGAUUGUUUAAAAUCAGACGUGCCAGACAACGUGGACUCGCCUCCUCCGAAAGCUGCCCUCCUGCGUGGAUUCAAGCAGUGACUGGUGCACAACAAGAGCACAGUAUCCGGAGUAUCUCUCCCCUCUUGUGCUCUUAUUUUUAGCCGCGUUGAGAAAGUAGCUCAUUUAAGGCUAGCGGGGAGCCUCGAUCAGCGCCAGGGAGUGAGGUUGUUGCCCGCUGCUGCCGCCGCCGCUGCUGCUCACGGUGUGGUGCUUGGAGAAGUACUUAGCUUUAGCCUCCGCUGCUUUGAAUCGUGCUGCAGGUCGGACCAGAGUCGGAAGAGCUGCCUCUUGACAAUGACUGCAGAGGAGCAAAGUGAACACACCAUCCCCAUGGAGGGAGAGGACAUCACGUCAAAGAAAGACGGCGGCGUGUUAAAGCUGGUGAAAAGAGAAGGUACAGGCACAGAGUCGCCUAUGACAGGUGACAAAGUGUUUGUGCAUUAUGUCGGUACCCUUCUGGAUGGUACUCAUUUCGACUCGAGCAGAGAUCGAGGAGACAAGUUUUCCUUCGAGUUAGGCAAAGGUCAAGUAAUAAAGGCGUGGGACAUCGGUAUAGCCACUAUGAAAGAGGGGGAGCUGUGCCAGCUCAUCUGUAAGCCAGAGUACGCUUAUGGCUCUGCAGGCAGCCCACCCAAGAUACCCCCAAAUGCCACUCUUGUUUUUGAGGUGGAACUGUUUGAUUUCCGAGGCGAGGACAUAACUGAGGAUGAAGAUGGAGGAAUCAUCCGUCGCACUAUCACUAAAGGCCAGGGAUAUUCCAAACCUAAUGAAGGAGCUGCUGUUGAAGUAACUUUGGAGGGCAGCUGUGAGGGACGUGUGUUUGAUGAGAGAGAACUGAAAUUUGAGAUUGGAGAUGGAGAGAGUCUUGGUCUUCCACCUGGAGUGGAGAAAGCCCUAAUGGCUAUGGAGCAAGGAGAGGAGGCACUCUUCAACAUUAAGCCUAAGUAUGGCUUCGGGAAUGCAGGAAAUACAAAGUAUAACAUUCCUGAUGGAGCAACGCUGCAAUACAAGAUUAAGCUGACAGCUUUUGAGAAGGCCAAAGAAUCUUGGGAGAUGAACACGGUAGAGAAGCUGGAGCAGAGCAGCAUCGUCAAAGAGAAGGGAACACAGUAUUUCAAGGAUGGAAAAUACAAGCAGGCAUCAAUUCAGUAUAAAAGGAUCGUGUCAUGGCUGGAACAUGAAUCCAGUUUGUCAGAGGAGGACGAGAAGAAAGCGAAAGCGUUGCGGCUGGCUGCACAUUUGAACCUGGCCAUGUGCUUCCUUAAACUACAGGAGCCAAACCUAGCCUUAGAAAGUUGUGACAAGGCUCUGGAAUUAGAUCCUUCUAAUGAGAAGGCUUUGUUCCGAAGGGGAGAGGCACUGUUUGGUAUGAAGGAGUUUGACAUGGCAAGAGAUAACUUCCAGCAAGUUGUACAGCUGUAUCCUGCCAACAAGGCUGGAAAGAGCCAGUUGGCUCUUUGUCAGAAACGUAUCAAGGAGCAGCACGAGAAGGACAAACGCAUCUAUGCCAACAUGUUCCAGAAGUUUGCUGAGAGGGAUUCAAAGAAAGAAGCUGUAACGGUGAAGAGCGAGAGCAAGGAGAACGGCAGUGAUGAGAUGGAGGUGGAGAACGGAGACAAGCAAGUGGCAAGUGAAGAAAAGGCAUAGAUGAAGAGGUCACUGAGCUAUGGUUUAACUGUACUUCAGACUUUUGUAAGCUGUUUGUGUUUCAGGGGUGUGUGGGUGUGAGUGAAAUGUCUGUAUGAGAACGAGCGUGUCACACAAGAGCACUGACUUUGGGCACUUCGCUGGCUGUCUUUGUGUUCUGGCUAGCUGAGUGAGGCUGGUGGGUGGGGGAGUGGCAGCUUCCCUUACUGACGGCACAGGGACGUGGAUGUCGUGAUUAAAUUGAGUGCCACAACCUCACCCCGAACCCUUUCCGUCCACAGCCUAGAAUUGUUCAUGUGUUGUUUUUUCCUCACAGCGCUUUGGGUAGGAAUAAAGUGCAUCCCAACUGUUAUGUGCUGAAAUUCAAACCCUCACCCGUCAAGGGCUAGACCAUUCACCCUGCACCACCUUUCGUCCUUUACCCUUCCUUUCAAUUUUCCUAUCCAUCCAAUCCUCCUCAUGGGCCUACUGAUCAAUUCCUGUAGUUGCAAUGGCUAUGUGCAUAGAUAUGAUGUCUGAAUGUUGGUGCCUGUGUCCCAAAGUAGAAAUGUAGCAGCGCUGUGGAUAAGUGGAGUAAUGAGACCUUUUCCUGGAAUAGCUGUCGAGAGUUUGAGCUCCCCGUAUAUCCCCAAGGGUACAGGACUGUUCACAUUUGCUUUGACUUUGUACUUUUUUUCCCUCCCCCCCUUAGUAUUGUGCUUGUGAUUUCUGUAUUGGUCCCAAAAUGAUGAAUACAACCAAUUACUUAACUGGAAUAUGUGCAUUUUAAAGCAGCUACAGUAGAAAGGACCUUAAAAAUUAGCUUCUCCUGGACGAGCUGAGUAAUAAACAGUUAAGUCUUAGUCUUAAUUUACUGUUAAAAAAAGUAAAUGUACAAACGGCUCAUCAGAUUCAGCCCUGUUGUCUCAUUUAAAAACAGUUGGCUGUGGGUUGUAUGUUGAGUUGAUCUGUAUUUGUUGGAAGGGUCUUGUUUGUUGUGCCCUGACAGAAGGAUAAAAUAAACAAUAGAAACAACUGGA